AUGGCUAAAGAAGAUAACUUUAUCGACCCUAACAGCGAAGUUGGGAAGCAAUUGCAGAAACUCAAAGAUGAGUUCAAGCAAGAGCUAUUGGUUCAAAGCGCCAAGUAUGACGCGUUGAUGGAAGCUAUGAAAGCUCAAAGCUCCUCUGGCGUACCUCCACCCCAGAUAAACAAACUGGAGGAUCGGAAUGAAGAAAUAAGGAAGGAUGCGAAGAAAGAUUCAGAGCUAGCAGCAACAGCCUUCAAAGGAAUUGUUCCGCUUGCGAGAAAUAUUGACGCUAUUACCAAAUGGGAAAAAGCCUUCUUAAAACUCUUCCGAAGAUACGGUGGCUUACAGAAAAUAUGGGAUGAAGACUUAGGACAUGAUUCUAAAGACUUCAAUAUUAAGAACAUCCCAUGGCGUGGGAAGGAAUUGGAAACAUUCAUACACAGAUUGUCCGAUGAAUUGAUAUCCAGAAUAAUUGAUAUUAAUGAAAAGGCAUUCUCUGAGAUAGAUGAAGUGAAUUACGAAACAGAUUUAAAGACUAUGUACAUCUUUGUAAAGACUUACAAGAUGGAGAACCUUCCACAUAGAAUUGGACAGGUAUUGACUUACCUUAGGUACACUGGAGAUUUUAGAACGGAUACCGACAGAGCUGUCGAUGGCCUUCUGCACAUAAAACAAUGGGUUGAAGGCACCAACGAAGAAAUCCUAGAUUUCUUGUGCAAGAUGAAACUAUAUUACAUCAUUGUAUUUGAUAGGUACCUAAACGAAGUUGAAACACGCAACAUGUUUUAUAAAUCUCUUGCUUGGUUCUUUCAGGAACACAAAAAGGAUGGUAAAACACCAACAAUUGAUGACGUUAUUCAGCGCAUGAGAAAUCAUCACGACUACGAGCCACCAGACUCUCUGGACAAAAGAACAAUCGAAAGCUUGAUAAGCGAAAGGAUUAAAAACGCCCAAGAGAGAGAAAAGACCAAAUCCAAUGGAAAUAGAGGAAACUUUGCAAAAUCCCACACCACAGGUGAAUCACACGAUGGUAAUAAGCUGGGAUUCAAGAGCAAAACCUCCGGUGCCAAACGCCACGGACAAUAAGGUCAAGGUCUAGUCUCUAACGGACCAGAACGUAGAGACAAUAUACCAUUAAAUAUACAACGAUUAAACAAAAUCGUAUCUGGCACAAAAGCGGGAGACAUCUUAUACGACUCUGGUGCAUCAUGGUCCAUUGUAAAUGACGCUCGAUUACUAACGAAUGUAACUGAAAAUUUGACAGAAGAAGAAAGCAGAUUUGAAUUACCGGACUCAAGCAUCAUUAUAGCAACACACAUGGGCACAUUAACAUUAUCUGACGGUGACUUUGGCAUAACACUUAAAGACGUCAGAGUCAUUAAAGAACUUCCGCACAACAUCAUUAGCGUAUCUCAGAUCUCUAAGCAUACCGACUUCUACUGUCGAUUCGAUGACAAAUAUGCAUAUAUCGGACAGAAGAAUGGAAAAAUAGAAAUCAUCGCUGGCAUGCUUAAUGCUGACAAUGUAUACAUGGGCAAAAUUGAUCUAAAACCGACCGACAACUACACCGGUACCCAGUUGUUGAGUCAAGUUCAAACGAUUCACAAUAUCGACCCACCACAAUUCGAUGUAAACAAACAAUCAUCAUUUUGGAACUUUCACAUUGGUUCUAACCACAUGGCUCUAAAGAGCAUGAUGGCACUUUAUCAAAAUGGUAGGAUAAAGGCAAAACCAACGAGGAACGAUGUCGAACGAAUUACAAAUUGCCAGAUAUGUCUCAGCGUUAACACCAUAGCAGCAUCACACAAUAAUGAUGGACCCACACCUAUUCGCCGACUUGAACGAUUACAUCUUGACAUGAUGGGUCCGUUUCACUUUGGUGGAAAGAAACAAUAUAUAACUUCGAUCACAGAUGGUUACUCGAAGUACCUUAGAACAAUAGUGACAGACACUAAAGCUGUUACCACAAGGAUAUAUACUGAAUUACAAUUGCUCAACAACAAAUUUCCAGGGGAGAGAAUCGGUCACCUUAGAACUGACAAU